AUGUCCCUUAUUUUACCCCGGAAUCUUACUGAAAAGAUAACAGUAGUUGGAGGUUCUGGUGAAAACGUCCAUGCUGCGACGAUAUACUCUGAAACGUAUGCCCUAGGUUCGCUAGUCACAAAAACAUCCACGAAGCUCUGUGACGCUGUGAUGGAUGUUCAUAGCUUUGGUGUACCCAUCAAAUGUCCCUGGCCUGCCGGAAGUGUAUCAUUCAUGAUAGACAUUCCAUUUGGAUCAACUGUUCUCGAUUACUCCAAAUAUGAACUCACGUCACUUACAAAUAGACUUAUAAUAGUGGACGGGACUCCUGAGCGGAAUUUGAUAGCUUGCGUCACAUUUGACUUGUCGAUUGUGCUUAGCUACUUUUAUCCUGUAGUCGCAUAUACCUCGUUGAUUUGUCUUGCUUUCGUGUCCUUUUCAAUAGUUUACGCCCUCUUUCUCAAUCCAUGGACUGGAAGUCUUGAUCCCUUUAGAGCAUUGUUCAACUUUAGUAUGGAUCCUGAUGCUCUUCGUCUAACCGCGCUUGGGUUUUCUGAUUUUAUUGGAUAUAUGCAAUUUGCUGUAUCUACGUCUCAACUGAAUGUUGCAUUUCCGAAGUUUUAUAUUAAUCUUAUGGCUGCUCUGUCUUGGAGUACCGUUCUUUUUAGAUUCCCUAUCUUUUCUCAGUAUGCAACCUAUCAAUUUGCAGAUUAUACAGAUUUAGCAAACGUCGAUGAUGUUGCAUACAGCCAAUUUGUUCCGGAUAGCUAUGGUAUGGCUUCGUUUCUUGAUUCCUUAGGCACCAGGCAAUCUUGCUGGAUCCCAUAUUUAAUAGUAGUGGCAGUGUAUAUUGGUGCAGCGUUAUUGUUGGCUCUUUUGAUAAUUCUGUUAAAGUGGGUUAUGUCAAAAAUGUUUCAUGAUACAAUCGUUGAAACGCGCUGGGAUACAUGGAGUUUUAUCGGUGGCUUUUUUAUUCGAAUUUAUUUCUUAGCCUAUUUUCCUACUAUAUCGUAUAUGUCUUAUCAAUUUGUGGUUGAACCAAGUGGCUAUGAAAUUAUACCGGUCCUCAUUUUUAUAUUCUUUGGUAUUUUUUUCCCUGGAUGUUUAUACUUAUUUUUGUCAUUUGUCGAGCCAGUUUCAAAGCUCUUUGAGGACCAAACUUAUUUACACCUUUAUGGGUCUAUUUAUAAUUCAUAUCGGGAGAAGAGGCUGAUGUUUUGGGUGUUUCCUGUUAUUGUGCAAUUUAUACGUGGCAUUACUGUUGGUGUCCUUGGAGUUUCUGGGUCAGCUCAAGUUACGAUAUAUUUUCUUCUAGAAGUAGCGAAUCUAGUCGCAUAUACCGUGUUUCGCCCACAUUAUCCUCAGACGAACAUGAACAUAUUAAGCUGCUAUUUAUCUAUCAUUCGUCUGAUUAUAGUUGUUUUAAUGAUGCCUCUAGUCCAUGCACGUGAUGUUCUGAGUAAUAGAAAUAAGCUAUUGACUUAUACAAUUCUUUUCAUACAUGCGCUUGUCUAUGUCAUAUUUUUCUUAAUAUCAAGUCAGCGAUUUUUUGAAGUCACCGCACGACUCUUAGGUGCUAAUAGUGAACGUAAAGGAGUUCCCUUGGAUAGACCCUUUGGAUGGGCUCGCGUUUUUGGUAUUAAUGAGUUAAAACGCCGUCGUCGAAAAAAUCCGUAUGAAAAUAGUUUGAUGGCACACUCGACUCUUGACAAAACAUCGCAUUCAUUCAUUGGUAACUCCAUCCCUCUUGGUCUUAUCUCUCCUACAUCUAAACACGAAUUUCCUAGCUUGACAAUUCAAACAAGCGGAAUUGAAAUGCUGAAUACGGAUAAUGACCCUCAAAAUCCGGGUCAGGCUGGUACUGUAAAUAUGGAGUCACCAAUUUCGCCAUUAUCUCCUUUCAAUGAUACCCGAGGGUAUUCAUUCUACCGCCCUCCGAAAGUCAAUACUUCUGUCCGAAAGAGAGACAGGGAUCAAUUACGCACGUUGCAGUUAGACUUUUUGAAUGAUAAGCCAAGUCUCUUUGCGCAUGACACGAAUUAUGCCGUUCGCGAAGCCGAUGUGUACCAUCCUCAGGUUGAUGCUGACGUUGAGUCGUUAUCUCAGUUAUCGAUGCGUAUGAAUCAUAGUAGACCUGACUUAGCCGACCCUAUACCACAAGGUAGGUUAGCUAGAACUUGGCACGUAGUUCAAAAUGUGUUUCGAACUCUUCGAGAUCCACUUCGGCAGAAAGAGAAUAACAAGGAAAAAGGAUUCGUUGUUGUUCGGUCGGCAAGGCGGAUGCGACCACCUCAGGUCUCAAAUCCUGAGCAACCAACAAUUUUUGAUGAACAAGAAAGUGAAGAAAACAAAAUGACUUCUUCCACAGAAUCCCAAAGUUAA